AAAUCCUGGGGCCGAACGUAACCUGGGCCCCUGUGUAACCUUGGUCCCGGUGUAACCUGGGUACAAUUGUACUCUGAAUGUCACCCGGCCGUUCCAACUCAUAGAUGGCCUUGGUUCCGGUUCCAACGUUCCAGACUGAGACCACGGUAUAUAGAGAACUGACUGAGACAAGCAAGUUCGCUGUGCUGUAUUGAUGUAUACCGUGUGACAGAGUUUGUCAGACUAGUACAUGAAUGUGUCAAUUUUUAUUUUUCCCAAAAUGUGCCGUGGCCUUAAUUGUUUUCUUCCAAGUACUCACAAGACCUUGCACCUAGAGCGUAUGAGCAUAAACUGAAAUUGAAAUGCUUCUGCAUACUGGCUGUCAUAUCAUCCAGCUUACUGACCGCAAACCUACAUCUGGCGACCAGAGCGAUCACCUGAUCCCACAUCAGCACCAGGCGCCGAGAGGGCGAUUGGUGACCCUGCACCAGUGACUGUCUGACUCUACCUCACUGCCGGACGAGCGGGGACCGCCGCCAUGCCGUCACUGGACGUACAGGCGUGCCGGGACCGCAGCGGCGAGUUCUCGGCCGUCGUCCGGGCGCUGCGCGAGCGGCAGCAGGCCGCCCCCGCCCCCGCCGCCGCCGCCGCCGCCCGGCCGGCCGCCCUGAGCCGGCACAAGGAGUUCAUGGCCGUGGCGAAACUGAUCGGCCGCGACAUAUCGCAGACCUACUCCAAACUGGAGAAGCUGACACUGUUGGCGAAGCGCCGGUCGCUAUACGAGGACCGACCUAUGGAGAUCGAAGAACUGACGCACAUCAUCAAACAGGACAUGGGCAGCCUGAACAAGCAGAUUCUGCAGCUGCAGCAGCUCAGCCGCAGCCCGGACGGCGGCAGGAGCGUGCAGAGCUUCUCCAGCAACGUGGUGGUGACGCUGCAGCAGAAGCUGGCCAACAUGUCGUCACAGUUCAAGGGCGUGCUCGAGGUCCGGACAGAGAACCUGCGCCGGCAGCGGAGCCGUCGCGAGCAGUUCUCGCGGGGUGGCGUGUCGUCCAACCUGCCGCCGUCGGCACUCAGCGGCUUUCACCAGGGCUCCGUGCUGCUGGCGGACGAGGCAGCCGCGCGCGGAGACACCGUCCUGGAGCUGGGCGCGGCCGGACAGCAGCAGGGACAGAUGCUGCUCAUGGAGGAACAGGACACCUACUACCAGGCGCGCUCGGAGACCAUGAAGAACAUCGAGUCGACGGUGGUGGAGCUGGGUGCCAUCUUCCAGCAGCUGGCGCAUAUGGUCCACGAGCAAGAGGAAAUGGUCCAAAGAAUCGACGCCAACGUGGAAGAUACCUCAAUGAACGUGGAGGCCGCUCACUCGGAGAUCCUGAAGUACUUCCAGUCGGUCUCCUCCAACCGCUGGCUCAUGGUGAAGGUGUUCGGCGUGCUGAUCGUCUUCUUCAUCGUGUUCGUCAUGUUCCUGACGUAGCGGCACGGUCGGCGGUGCUAGGAUGAGGUGGUGUGUGCUGUGUGUGGAUGCGGAUGGGUGAGUACUGUGAAGAUGAGAUGGGCCAUUGUGUUAUAUUCUAUUUAUGUCGAUCGAGAUUCGAGAGACCAGCCGUGUGCACGGCUCGAUAUGAUGUGUGAUAGGGGAUGUUUUCGCUCGGUACAAAUGCUCUUAGUUGAUAUCGUUGGUUAUGUUAUCAGGGUUGUGUUCGACGACCCAAACUUGCGAUCAAACUACGACGUUGUUCGACCGUCACCGCCAUCCUGCGAUUAUGGGAUACAUCUGUCAUAUUGACUUGGAGGACUGGGAUAGGCCGCACGGCGUAUUCACCUCUGUCUAGUUCUAUCCAGUAUCCUCCGUCCGGAUUCCCGCCACCCCCUGUGGCCGGCCUGGACCGUGGUGGCUGGUUCCAGCCGGUAAGAGAGGACCUCUGGUAGUCUACAGGCGCCUCUGAGCUGGCCAGACUGCGGGCGGCACGGGACGCUGGGGUGUGAUCACCGUAGGGGGCGCCAGCUGCGGGUAGGAUGGGGAGCGAGCCUAGUUUGAGCUGGACAGAGCCACUUCCAGUCGGGUCUGAUAGAUAACGAAAGGUUGGCUCCAUUUGAUUUCAUCCCGUUGCGCAAAAUAUUGCGUUUUCCUUGAGUUCUAGCCCAAACUUUGGUGGAUUAUCCUUAUCUUCAGAUUAUUCACUUACCGGGUUCUACAUAGUUCCAGUGGUGGGGAGUAGUUCAUGUAUGGAACGCAAAGCAUAUCGUGAUCUAUAUUAAUUGUAGGUACAUGAUGUGAAAUAUGAUAUUUUUAUAUAAGAGAAAAUAAUGAGAAUGCAGUGCGGUCAAUGCCAGUUUCUGUUUUUGCUGGUGCGGAUGUUUUAGGGAUUAUUUUAUGCACCUCCUUAAACACAUGCACCAUGUCUGUCCAUCUGUCCACUCGAAAUAAGUUUGCACCCUACCACUCAUAACCCGCCGUGGGGCGAUAGAUGCAUGUCGACUUGUGAUUCAUCAAAACGAUUGUCUCGCGAAUCGCGAUACGAUAACACUGUCCUGAGGAAAUACACCUUUUUGCAUUUGAA